AUGAAUCCAGCUUAUGAUCCAGAUGGACUUUGUGAUGCAUGGAAUUAUGAAAUUUCCAACAUGGCUUCUCAAUUACCCUAUCGGCGGCCACGCAUGCGCAAGUCUCGCGGCCGCGGGUUGCGGACCAAAAAUGGAUGCAUUACCUGUCGUAAGCGACAUCUGAAGUGUGAUGAAAUCAAGCCCAUUUGCGGCCCAUGCGUCAAGAAAGACAAGACUUGUGAAUAUCCGGCGUCAGGCCGUCGCAGUAAUGACAGCCCAGCAUUCGAGCGGGCCAUUGCCGAUGCUGUUCCGGUGUCAGGCCAAGAGCCAACAGCAUCCCCGGGACAAGCCAGCGCUCAUGUAUUGAAUAACCCCACCCCGGAGAUAGCAUCUUUCGAACGACAUGAGCCACCGGGUGUGGGCUGGAGCUGUUCAGAUGCAGACACCAAUCCCCCUCCGCCAACGGUCCUGGAUCAAUUGUCUACCGGUCAGAGCCCCAUUGCCUUUCAGCAUAACUAUCUGUCUCCCUCAAAUGCGUCUUUUGCGGCAGUAAGAUGGUUUGGGCUAUUAGCGAGUGAUGCUGCAAGGGACAGCCCACAGCUGCCCUCUAUAGAGAAUUCCCAUGGAACUCAAAGCCAGUCAGUCGAUCACUUGAGAAUUGAUGGUCUGAGUCAGCCCUAUUCGCUACAAUACGCGACACAGGUGCUUGAUAGUACCCUUGAUUCCGGCGCGAGCAAUGGUCCAACAGGUCAUCAAGAAGGUAGUGCCGUAGAAGAAGAACUAAUUUGGCAGUCACGGGAGGCAAUAGAGCUUCUGCCUACCGAACAUGCUCUGUUCGAACACUUUAUCAAUCAAGUAAGCACAUGGCUGGACCUUUUCGAUCCAACCAGCCAAUUUUCCACAUUUGUUGCGCAUCUUGCAAUAUAUAAUGCGGGACUCAUGAAUGCCAUACUCGCCCUCGCAUUCCGACAUUUAGCACUGAACCCCGGCCUGGACCAGGAGAAUAUGCCGAACAAAGAAGCCGCAGCUCUGCAGUACUACUAUCAAACACUACACUACGUCCAGCGAGCCAUGCGGUUUUCUAGCUACAAGACCAGCCUAGAACUCCUCGCAACAGCACUGAUUAUCUCCGCUUACGAAAUGCUCGACAACUCCACCAACGACUGGGAACGGCACCUUGAAGGUGUCUUCUUUAUACAAAGAUCCCAGACCAUCCACGGCGAGUCUGGUGGAUUACACUCCGCCGUAUGGUGGGCCUGGCUCUGCCAGGAUAUCUGGGCGGCAUUCCGCGAGAAACGCAAAACAUUGACGUUUUGGAUUCCACAGAAGCCGUUAUCCGCGCUUUUGCCGCACGAACUCGCUAUGCGAGCUAUUUAUAUUACAGCGAAGGUGAUUAGUUACUGCGCAGAGAGUACAACCGAGGAGAAUAGACGGCGUCGAAUCGAUGAUGCGAACCGCCUUCGUGAUAUGCUCGAGGACUGGCGACAGCACCGGACCGUGGAGUUCUCGCCCUUGCCGCUCGGCACGCGUGAGCAUUCAUCAUACUUUCGACCGAUUUGGAUACGUCCUGCAGCGUUUGGACUGGCAGUUCAGUUCUUCAGCGCGUCGUGUAUUCUCUUACUGGUGCAUGAGCCCAGUAUAGGAGGACUAGACCAAUACCUCCAACGCCAAAGUGCCAUCAAGCAUUACGUGGAAGAUAUCUGUGGGAUUGCGAUGACUUUGAAGGAUAAUGCAUCUAGCUUGAUGUCCUCUCAGGCAGUAUUCAUAGCAGGAAUCUUUACUCAAGAGAAGCGUGCUCGCGAAGACAUCCUGGAGCUGCUCGAGUCUUGUCGAGCAAGAACUGGGUGGCCGGUUAGAUCAUUGGGAGUGGAGUUACAGGAGCUUUGGGAAAGCCAGGAUGCCAAAGCCGCUACUGGCGGGAAAACAUUUAUCCGGGCUGGCGCUGCCUCAUAA